AUGAUGGAGAUCACAGAACUCCAGAAGAUUGGUGUGGGACUUGUGGGCUUUGGGGCAUUUUUCCUUCUUUUUGGAAUGCUGUUGUACAUGGACUCUGUGCUGCUCGCAUUUGGAAAUGUCCUGUUCCUGUCUGGUCUGGCCAUUAUCAUUGGACUAAAGAGGACCUUUGGCUUCUUCUUCCAAAGGCAAAAGCUUAAGGGAACAUCUUUCUUUUUGGGAGGCAUACUCAUUGUGUUGCUUAAGUGGCCUGUCCUGGGCAUGCUGCUGGAGACCUACGGCUUCAUUAACCUCUUCAGGAACUUCUUCCCAAUUGCCUUUGGAUUUCUCGGAUCAUUGGUGAAUAUCCCGUUUUUGAGCAAGCUGUUCCUGAAACUUGGAGACACCAGUUCCAUGGUAUAG